UUGCGAGAAGAAAAAAAAAUGGCUGCCACGCAGGUCACGUCCUUGAUGUUGCUGUCCGUCCUGGCGGCAAACGCUCAGGUCAUCAUGCCGGGAAGAUGCCCCAAAUCAGUCGAAGUCCAGAAGGACUUCGACACUGCUCGGUAUCUGGGGAAGUGGUACGAAAUCCAGAGGCUGCCUCAGUCCUUCCAGAAAGGACAGUGUUGCACUGCCGCCUACAGCCUGAAGAGCCCUGGAGUUGUCGGGGUCCUCAACAGCGAGCUACUUGCUGAUGGGCGCAUCAGCUCAAUAACCGGGUCCGCCACGGCUAAAGACCCCUCUGAGCCUGCCAAGCUGCAAGUGUCCUUCUUUGAGGAUACUCCCCCUGGGUCUUACUGGGUCCUGGCAUCAGACUACAGCAACUACGCUCUGGUCUACAGCUGCGCAGACUUCGGUGUGGUCCACGUGGACUCAGUUUGGAUCUUGAGCAGGAGGCCCGCCCUAGCCGAGGAGACUCUGGAGGAGCUGCACAGCACUUUGACGUCCAUCGGGGUCAGAGUGGACAAGCUGCUCAGCACCAAUCAGGAUGAGGUUUACUGCAAGGCCAUGAACCAAUGACCCAACUUGUUGGAUACAACUUAUAAAGUUCCACUUGAACCAAUAAAAAUCACA